AGCUGAUUAAAUAUCUUAAACAUUACUUCAAUACCUUUCACAAUAUGACUACAAUGGCAAACAAAUCACUAAACAUAUCUAUAGCAACACUUGCUAUAUCAUUUUUCAUUAUGACCAUGGUUCCAAAAAAUGUGAGUGCACAAAAUUGUGGUUGUGCUGAAGGAUUAUGUUGCAGCCAAUAUGGAUAUUGUGGCACUAGUGAUGAUUAUUGUGGCACAGGAUGUAAAGAGGGUCCAUGUACUAGUGGCACUAUUCCACCUAGUUCUCCUAGUCCUAGCAAUGAUGUUAAUGUAGCUGACAUUGUUACACAAGAAUUUUUCAAUGGUAUAAUUGAUCAGGCUGAUUCUAGUUGUGCAGGAAAGAGCUUUUACACAAGAGCUGCUUUUCUUGAUGCACUUAAUUCUUAUAAUCAGUUUGGUAGGUCUGGUUCUGUGGAUGACUCUAAACGCGAGAUUGCUGCCGCUUUUGCUCACUUCACACAUGAAACUGGACAUUUUUGCUAUAUAGAAGAGAUUGAUGGUCCAUCGAAGGACUACUGCGACGAAAACAACACACAAUACCCGUGUGUCGCUAACAAAGGAUACUAUGGUCGUGGACCGAUUCAAAUCUCGUGGAACUUCAACUACGGACCAGCCGGAAAAGACAUUGGUUUUGAUGGAUUAAACUCUCCUGAAACAGUGGCCAAUGAUCCUACAGUGUCCUUCAAGACAGCAUUAUGGUAUUGGAUGAACAAUGUGCACUCUGUUGUCAGCCAAGGCUUUGGUGCAACCAUUAGAGCCAUUAAUGGUAAACUUGAAUGUGAUGGUGCUAAUCCAACCACAGUUCAAGCUCGUGUUGAUUAUUACAAGCAAUAUUGUAGUCAAUUGGGUGUUUCUCCUGGUGAUAAUCUUACUUGUUAAGCAAGCUAACCAUACAAAACAUACAAACACAUAUACUUUAUAUAAAGUAUAUUUCAUUUUAUGAUUAUACAUGUAGUAUGAAUAAAUGAUAUCAUAGUGUAUACAUUAUACACAAUUCAAUAAUACAAUUUUUCCUUUUACAACAUA